AUGUAUGUUUCUGAUUUUAAAUAUCAUCUGCAAACGGAGCCUCCAUGUGACGUAUGUCCUCGAAACGGUGUCUGCGUCCCUAAAGUGCAAUGUCCAGCUCACGUGAACCCUGGGAGCAGCAAUCCAAGGUGUCACAUCGAUGGUCAGCAUGUAGGAGUCUGCUGCUUUACAGGAAGCAACCAUUUUGGUAACAACUAUUGUACACAAAGAGUAGCAGCCAGUAUUGAGGAUUUAAAUUCAGCUCAUCAGCAAUCGAAGAAAAAGUUAGAUGAGCUGGUGAAGAGAGCUGACACCUUGCUGAACGAGAAAGAUACAGUCGUCAAGGAAAGUGAUCCAAGCUAUGGACAUCACAUGGUAAGAUAUACAAAGACUCAGGAAUUAGGACGCAUUGGUUUCCUUAGUCUUUUGUUGGUGCAGGAGUUGAAGUCCAGAGAAGCAAUAUCUGCGGAAGACCUGGGAUCGGGAAUUCACCGUAAUGCAGAAGGGUCAUUUUGUCUGCCACCACCGCUCUGUCCCCGGAAGCCCAGCAAAUACAGAAACCUUGAUGGCACAUGUAACAACUCCAAAAAUCCAAGUUGGGGGGCAAUAUUUACUGGCUUUGAGAGACUUCUGCCUCCAGAGUAUAGAGAUGGCACUUGGGCAUUUCGAUUGUCAGUCACAAAUGGAAUACUGCCUAACUCUCGCGCCGUUAGCAAUGCUGUCAUCCUAGAUGGGCACUACCCCAGUAGGUCUCAUAACGCCAUGUUUACACAGUUUGGACAGUUCAUCACCCACGAUAUUUCUUCUGGUGUUGUUUUUACAACAGGGAAUGACAGUGCAAUAUCCUGCUGCUCAAAAGACGGUCAGGAUGUAUUACCCUUGGAGCUCCAGCAUUGGGCUUGUGCAGCCAUCUCUAUCAGUCCCAAAGAUCCCUUCUACAGUCAAUUUAAUCGGAGGUGUAUUAAUUUUGUACGUGGGGUGCUCGCUCCUAGCCACGACUGUUUGAUCGGCUAUGCCAAGCAGAUGAAUGGUGUAUCACAUUUUCUCGAUCUGUCUCAUAUUUACGGAAAUUCUGAAGAAAAAUUAGCAAGUUUGAGAGCCCCUGGGGGACUAUUGAAGACGUUCGAUGACUUCGGGAGAGAGUUACCCCCACUUACCAAGGAAAAUCAAUGCUUGACCAGUAAUAAUGUUUCUCCGUGCUUUGAUUCAGGUGACAACCACGCCAACCAGAUAUUAUCACUGACAGCACUUCAUACCUUAUUUACGAGAGAACACAACAGGAUUGCCAGAGCUUUGUACAAACUGAACCCACAUUUAGAUGAAGAGGCACUAUUCUUUGAGACUCGGAGAAUCGUUCAGGCUGAGUUUCAGAAUAUUGUUUAUAAGGAGUGGCUGCCAUUGUUGAUUGGUCCAAAAAUGAUGAAAAUGUUUAAAAUAUCUACACUGGAUGGAUAUUCUCAAGUCUAUGAUCCUUCUACAAAUCCCUCGAUAACUGCAGAGUUCUCUGGAGCAGCCAUGAGGUUUGGACAUUCGAUUGUUGAUGGCAAAAUGCUGGUUUUCAGUCCACAAACUAGUAGUGUCGAUGAAAUACUCUCUCUACCUGAAACCAUGUUCUUACCUUCAAGAUUGCGCCUUAAGUACUUCUUGGAUCGGUUGCUGACCGGAAUGUGUAUGCAGCCAAUGCAAAAUGUUGAUCCUUUCAUGACAACUGCAUUAUCCCGCUAUUUGUUCCGAGGUGGGAAUCCAUUCGGUCACGACCUGGCAGCCAUCAACAUUCAAAGAGGGAGAGACUACGGCCUCAGACCUUUUAACGAUUACAGAGUAUUGAUUGGCUCAAAACCAUUUACAUCAUUUAAACAAUUUCCGGCUAAAACUGCCCAGAGAUUAUCUUCAGUUUAUACACACCCCCAUGACAUAGACCUGUGGGUAGGUGGCCUUUUAGAAAAACCAAUUGAUGGAGGGAUCCUGGGUGCCACCUUCUCCCAAAUCAUCGGAGACCAAUUCACCAAGUUAAAGAAAGGAGACAGAUACUUUUACGAACAUGGUCCCGAUGUUAAUCCAGGAGCUUUUACACCAAGCCAGCUCUCUGAGAUCAAGAAGGUUACUCUAGCCAGAAUCAUUUGCGACAACAGUGAUCAUAUUGAACUCUUAACACAAUCGCCCUACGCGUUUUUGAGGCGUGAUUUAAGUGGAAACCAACCAGUACCAUGCGACAGCACAGUUAUACCGCAAAUGGAUUUGAAUAAAUUUAGAGAUCUGUAG